AUGCAGCUUACAGCUGCAGAUCUCGUGGAUUCAGCUAUUUGUGCUCUGGUUUAUAUGGAAAGAGUCAUGCAACAUGCAAAUCUGCAGAGCACUGCAAAACUGGUUGCCAAGGGAGACAUUAUGGCAUUGUUUGUAGAUCAGGUGUUGCAAUGCUACAUCCGUAAUAUGUUUGGUCCUUCAUUGCUGUUGAUCGAGAAUUACUUGCGGGAAGUGGGAUUUUGGCACGUGGCCACGAUAGGCUGGGGGUGCAAGUUGGACCCGAAACUAAUCAGUGCAUUGAUAGAGAGGUGGAGACCCGAGACGCACACUUUUCAUCUUCCAUACGGAGAGUGUACUAUCACUCUGAAAGACGUGCAUUUGCAAUUGGGAUUGCUGGUGGAUGGGUACGCAGUUAUCGGGCCUGCAUCAUCUACUGAUUGGAGAGCCGUAUGCUACGAGCUUUUGGGUGCUAUACCGGAUAAUAUUAAUAGAGGUCGAAUCGAGAUGGGAUGGUUACGAGACACAUUCCCGGAGCCGGAUAAUGAUUCGACUGAACUCGAAAGAAUACGAUAUGCUCGGGCAUAUAUUCUUGAGAUGAUUGGAGGUUAUUUGAUGCCGGAAUUGUCAAGAAACCUCGUACAUCUGAGAUGA